AAUGCAGGAAACAACACAAGGAUUAGUGUUAAAAUUCCUAGUUAUAAGGGAGGAUCUAAGGAGAAUGUAGUAGCUUGGUUGCAAACUAUUUUUCAAGCACAAGGAAUAGAUAAAGACACUACACAGAUCAAUUAUGCUGUUAUGGGAUCAGAAGCUGCUGCACUACACAGCUUUUCAGCCUCCAAACUACCAACAUCACCUCCACCAACAACUCAAGUGAUUAAAGCAAAUGGGAUCAGUGCAAGGUAUAAUAAAUGGUCAUUUGACUUGACUUUUCAACCUCAA